ACUAAAAUAUGCUUUUUUUCUUUUUUUUCUUAUAUGAUUGCUCCAUCUAUUGAGAAAAUGAAAUAAUACUUUUAUUUAAAAGAAAAUCUUAAAUUUUGGUUAGACAUGUAAUAAGUAUGGUUUUUGCAUUAUUCUUUCACAUAUCUUCUUGUUUUUAUUAAUAUCUUUAAUAGUUUUUUAAAACUCUGUAAAUAUAUAUUCUUAAGAUAUUUAAAGUAAUAUCAAGUGUAUAUUUAUAUAUCUGAUGUAAGAUAUAGGUUAUAAUUUUGAGAUUAUUAAUACAAUGGAUUUAUCAAAAAUUCCAAAUGAUAAAAAAUUAUAUCUUUGCAAAUGGUAUUUUAGAGGUAAAUUAUACAUAUUUAAUUGCUUUUUUUUUUCAUUUAUAAAUAUAUAUAAAUGUUUCUUUAUUUUUGAAGCUGGAUUUGUUUUUCUACCAUUUCUUUGGGCUGUGAAUGCUAUUUGGUUUGCAAAAGAAGCUUUCGUUGAACCACAUUAUGAGGAACAAAAACAAAUUAAAAGAUAUGUAAUAUUUUCUGCAAUUGGAGCAGCUAUAUGGUCAGCUGCUCUUUUAGCAUGGAUUAUUACAUUUCAAACACAAAGAGCAGCAUGGGGUGAAUUUGCGGAUUCUAUUAGUUACAUAAUUCCAACUGGCAUUCCUUGAUGUUAAAAUAUAUCUAUCUUUGUAUAUUAAUAAGUGAUUAUUAUAACAUAAAUUUUUAUUGUACGAAUUAAAAUGAAAUAAGACUGUUCUUUUGUCUUGGUAUUUAAUUAAAUAAUAAUUGUCUUUAAGAUGUAAAAAAUAUAUUUAUUUAGAUGUACUGAUUUUAAAUAAGAUUAAAAUUUGAUAAAAUUCAAAUUUUAAUUAAAUAUAAUUGAACAUUAACAUUUUAUACAAUUUAUAUCAUUUAUAAAACGAUUUAAGUUACAAAUAAAUAUUUAAGAACUUA